UCGUUCGUUUCGGUCGUGGACUCAUUCGGCGAAACAGACAUUAGACGCCAUCGGCCAUAUUGUCUCUCUUCUAAAAGCAGUGGUUAAGAUAUACCCUGCUUCAAAAAGGAUAACAAGAACAUCCUUUUCAAUCAAGAACAUCUUACAGGCACAUUUAUUAAUUCAAAAUGUCUGGAAAUUGGAAUAAUAGCCGCGGUGGGAGUGGUGGUUCCAAAUUUGGCAAUGGUACAUCAAGAUUCGGAAAUGGUGGUUCUAGAUUUGGUGGAGGUGGUGGUGGGGGCUACGGAAAUAAAAAAGAAUUCUCAGGAGGCCAAAACAUGAGACGUCCAAACUGGGACACUCUUUCUCUGCAGCCAUUCAACAAAGAUUUUUAUAACCCACCUCCAUCUGUUUUAAACCGAUCACCUUAUGAAGUGGAGGGAUACAGAAAUGAACAUGAGAUCUCAGUGAGUGGAGCUGAGCUCCCGAACCCUAUUCAGCACUUUGAAGAAGGAAAUUUCCCUGAUUAUGUCAUGCAAACCAUUAAAAGCUCUGGAUAUAAAGACCCAACACCUAUUCAGGCGCAAGGCUGGCCUAUUGCCAUGUCUGGAAAGAAUUUAGUUGGUAUUGCUCAAACUGGCUCUGGAAAAACUUUGGCCUACAUAUUGCCUGCUAUUGUGCACAUCAACAACCAACCACCUGUACGGCGAGGUGAUGGCCCCAUUGCACUAGUCUUGGCACCUACAAGAGAGUUGGCACAACAGAUCCAGCAAGUUGCUACUGAUUUUGGAAAUGCAGCCUAUGUGCGUAACACUUGUAUAUUUGGUGGAGCACCCAAACGUGAGCAAGCUCGUGACUUGGAAAGGGGUGUUGAAAUUGUUAUUGCCACACCAGGAAGAUUGAUAGACUUUUUGGAGAAAGGGACAACUAAUUUACAGAGAUGCACUUACUUAGUAUUGGAUGAGGCUGAUCGUAUGUUAGACAUGGGUUUUGAACCCCAAAUAAGAAAAAUUAUAGAACAGAUUCGUCCUGACAGACAAACCUUAAUGUGGUCUGCCACAUGGCCCAAAGAAGUAAGAAAACUAGCAGAAGACUACCUUGGUGACUAUUUGCAAAUUAAUGUUGGAUCUAUGCAGCUGUCUGCUAACCACAACAUUCUACAAAUUAUAGACAUAUGCCAGGAACAUGAAAAAGAAAACAAAUUAAAUGUACUACUUCAAGAAAUAGGACAAAGUCAAGAACCAGGGGCAAAGACCAUUAUUUUUGUUGAGACCAAGAGAAAAGUAGAAAAUAUUACUAGAAAUAUAAGACGAUAUGGAUGGCCAGCUGUAUGCAUGCACGGUGACAAGACUCAACAAGAGAGAGAUGAUGUACUGUAUCAAUUCAAGCAAGGCAGAGCCAGCAUACUAGUUGCAACUGAUGUUGCGGCUAGAGGACUUGAUGUGGAUGGAAUCAAAUAUGUUAUUAACUUUGAUUAUCCUAACUCAUCUGAGGACUACAUUCACCGAAUCGGAAGGACAGGUCGCUCAAAAUCAAAAGGGACCUCAUAUGCUUUUUUCACACCCUCUAACUGCAGGCAGGCCAAAGAUCUUGUAUCAGUAUUACAAGAAGCCAAUCAGGUGGUGAGUCCACAACUUCAAACCAUGGCUGAGCGCUCUGGUGGGGGUGGAGGAGGAUGGAACAGGAGCAGAUAUGGUGGUGGACGUGGAGGAGGUGGUUCCUUCAAAAGAGGAUCCAACUUUGGCAGAGGCAAUGGACAUGGGGGGGGUGGCCACAAAAGAUUCAAUGAAUAUUGAGAUUCUUAUAAAUAGUGAUAACUGGUGAAUCCUCAGAAAUACAAUAUAAGUGUAUGAAUGGUGUUAACAUAGAGAAUGUACUUGUCGGUGUUUAUGUAAUAGCCCUUGACCUUUCAAUGUGGAUUGAAAUAUUGUUUUACUACUUCUUGUUUUAUAAAGUAAUAGAAAUGUAGCAAAUGAGAACAUGAGUAAUUAUUUAAGUUUUUACUGUGAUAUUUUAGUGAGGAUUCUUUCUUAAAUUAUUAAUUUCCUGUCUAAAUGUAAGUUCAUUCUUAUUUAUAUCUAUUAUCUACACUAGGUUUUCAGAAUAUUUAUGGCCCCCCACAUUAAAUGUCAUUCCAAGUUAUGAUCUGUCGAUGUUGGUUUAAAAAUAAACCAUAGGUUAAUCAAAAAA